UUUAUUUCGGUCUCUUCUCUCUUUUAUUCUCUGCAAGGCCCAUCCAUGGCGGUCGUCUCUCUCUCUCCCUCCUAAAAGCUAAAAUGUCUCGUUGAGAUCCUGAGCGCCCGUUUGGUUUCAAAUUUCUUCAUUUUAGGGUUCUGUUUCUGCCGAGAACGAGGAAAGUAGGCGGCUCUUAGUCGCUUUCCAAUUCCAAGGAUAUGGCUCAGACAGAUCAAGAUAGGGAACUGAAAACGGUAGAGAGGAAGCCGCGUGUGUUGCUGGCUGCGAGUGGAAGUGUGGCUGCGAUCAAGUUUGGAAACCUCUGCCAUUGUUUCUCGGAAUGGGCAGAAGUGAAGGCGGUGGCUUCGUCAUCGUCUCUGCAUUUCAUCGACAGGCUUUCACUCCCUCAGGAAGUGACUCUCUACACCGACGACGAUGAAUGGUCCAGCUGGAAGAAAAUAGGAGACACCGUCCUUCACAUUGAACUCAGACGCUGGGCCGAUGUUUUGGUCAUCGCUCCUCUCUCUGCAAACACACUUGGCAAGAUAGCAGGAGGACUGUGUGAUAAUCUGCUGACGUGCAUUGUGAGGGCGUGGGACUAUAGCAAACCCCUGUUUGUAGCGCCGGCAAUGAACACAUUCAUGUGGAACAACCCUUUCACAGAACGGCACCUGGUGUCGCUUGAUGAGCUGGGAAUCACUCUCAUUCCUCCCAUCAAAAAGAGGCUUGCCUGUGGUGACUAUGGCAAUGGUGCCAUGGCCGAGCCUUCUCUUAUCUAUAACACCGUUAGGCUCUUCUGGGAGUCACAGUCUCGUCAUCUUCUUCAACAGGCUUGAUCCCUUCCCUGCCCACCCACUGUUUCCUCUUCUCAUUUGUACAUCUAUCUACAAGUAGUUUGUCUUGUCUGAUCACUAUGGACAUGGAUCUUGGAUUGAUUUGUCGUGUUAGUGUAGAGUGUUGUCUAUCUGUCCUUAAUGUUUCCUGGAUUUCGAUCUA